AUGGGUUGGAAUCCAAACUCGUGGCGGGAGUAUGCUAAUUACGAGUGUGCAAAGGCUCAUGUUGGAAAUAAUGGAAGUAUGAAAAUCGUCCAGUGUUAUUUCAGGAUAUGUUGUAGCUCUGAAAAAGUGAAGCUACCACGCUGUCUCAUUGACUUUUCCGCUCGACUUUUUGGCGAGCAGGAAUGUCGUCAGCACAUGUUUCAGCUCUACGAAAAUCUCAAUCCUUCCAACAAAAUCCACAAAGAUAACAUCGACUGGCAGGAAAAUCUGCGCGACGAGCUUUUCGGAAUUAUUUAUGAUAAAAAAGGUAGAAGAGGAAAAAUUAUUCAAGGAGAAUAUCUUCAACCGUUACCGCAAGAAAUCAUCAAUUAUUUCAUCAUUGGAAGUCUCGGCUUGAUCUUUCUUCUCGCUCUGAUAUUCAGAAAAAUUCGAACCCGCAAGAAGAAAAAUUUGACAUUCACUCGAUCAGUGGACGACUGUCUACUCGACGAAAAGAGCUCUAAAGACGAAAAAGUACUUAUAUCUUGA